GUUCUUUUUUCCGCAUCCAGCUUUGGCGUUUGACAGAAAACGGGCGUUGGAUGUACGUACGGACGAGUCGAGGAACUCCGAAGAGUGCGGAGAAAGGAAGCUAAAGGGAACGGGCGAGCUUCGCUCGGAAAUCGCGGCGACGAAAGCCGGAUAAGGCGGGAUAGAGGCCGAUAAAAAGCCUCGAGGUUUAGUGACAUUGGUCCGAAGUCGAAAGGAUUGGCGCACCUGCGAAUGCGGGAGGUCAGUGUACGUCACCGUAGUUAUUGCUCCGAGCCGUGGAACCCGAGUUCGCGAGCCCGUGGUAGCGUCACUCGAAGCGGCCCGUGAAUAUCGUUCCCGGACGAGUCUCGGCGAGAGCGGGCCGAGGACAUUUGGUGUGCGCGGCUCUCAGGCUCCUCGCUUCACAGGGCGCCGCGCCGGACGGGCGGCCACGUCGGGGGCGCGCGCGCGCGCGCGGACGACAGCGGGAAUCGCCAGCGACGAGGACGACGACGACGACGACCAAGAGUGUUCCUUAGCCGUUGUGCGACCGAAAGUGUUUCGCGAAGUGCGUUCAUCGGCUAGUCUCGGCGUGACUCGGCAGUAGAGCAGACGAGGGUGGAGGUGGCGACCUGGAUGUAAUCGCGAUCCCCGGCAGCCGGUGCUCAUCAACGGACAACUUUCGACCGACCGCCUAGAAUCUAUCCUCGGAUGAAAGGACAAACCGGCAACCAAGUGAGCAAUGGUCCUAAGGAACACCAGCAGCAACAACAGACGGAGCAUGCCGCUGGCGAGGACACCGGCUUCGAUUCGUGGCGAGGAGGCAACAAUGCUCAGCAUCAUUCGAGUUACCCGAUCGGGACCGGUGAUCCGUACAGCCAGUACUACGGCACUUCGUUCCCUUAUCAGACCUUCGGUGCCGGCGACGGGACAUGGUCGAACGGCACCGACCCGGUCGCCUUUCUCUCGGGUUACGGCGGUCAAAUAGGCCACGAUGCUUACGGCGCGAUGGACGGCAUGUUCUCGGCCUCGGCGGCCGGGGGCGGCUUCAGCGCGUUCGGCCAACCGCCGUUCAACUACUUCCACGGCAACGGCGACUUCAGCGCGUGGGGCACCCCGAGAAGGACCAAGUACGAGGAUUACUAUCAACCGCCGCGCGGCAACGAGAGCUAUGCCAAUCCCGCGGCGAGCGGCACCGGCGAGAUCAAGAGCCUCGAGCAAGGCGUGCAGGGUCUGUCGAUCGGCGGCGGCGGAGAGCUACCGCGACAGGAUCAGCAGCAUCCUCAGCAGCAGAGUACGGCCCAGCAGAUUAAGCCCGAGCCCAAGGAACCUAGAAAGAUUACGUGGGCAAGCGUGGCGAGUCAGCCGGCGAAGCCGGUCCCGCCGCUCUCGUCUACGCAGGGAAUGAAGAAGAAAGCGGGCAUGCCUCCACCGCCGAUCGUGCCGGGCAAACAUAACAUGGACAUCGGGACGUGGGGCGAGGGCAAGUCUUCCGCGCCACCGCCGCCUACGGCGCCACCGCCACCCCAGGUGCAGCCGCCGAUUCCACCCCCGCCGCCUCCCGUUCAGAGGCAACAGCGACCGCAACAACAGCAGCAGCAGCAACAACAGCAGCAGCAACCGCCUCAGCCUUGCUGGAACAGGCAGCCAUCCACGGGGGCGACAGCGACCCCACCGCUUUCUCAAACGCAGAUCCAUAUGCCGCCGCAGUCGCAACAGCAGCAGCAACAUCAACAGCAGCAGCAGCAUCAUCACCAUCAUCACCAUCAUCACCAUCAUCAACAGCAGCAGCAACAACAAGCGCAUCAGCAGUCACAGCAGCAGCAGCAUCAACAGCAGCAACAGCAACUUUCCCAGGCCAACCCGUCGCAUCCGGUUCUCGAUGAACUGAAAGUGAAGAAUGAUUAUAAUCCCAUAGAGUUUGAUCAGACCGCGCCCGGUGCCAGGUUUUUCGUGAUCAAGUCUUACUCGGAGGACGACAUACACCGGUCCAUCAAGUAUGAAAUCUGGUGCAGCACGGAACACGGCAACAAACGACUGGAUCAGGCUUAUCGAGAAGCGAGUCGCGAGGGUGCGCCUCUUUAUCUGUUCUUCUCCGUUAACGGGUCCGGCCACUUUUGCGGCAUGGCGCAGAUGGUAUCUCCCGUCGAUUAUCAGUGCAACAGUAGUGUCUGGUCGCAGGACAAGUGGAAGGGUCAGUUUCGCGUCCGUUGGAUAUACGUGAAGGAUGUUCCUAACGUGCAACUGCGACACAUUAAGCUCGAGAACAAUGAGAACAAGCCGGUGACCAAUUCGCGGGACGCGCAGGAGGUCCCGCACGCGAAGGGCGUCACGGUGCUGCGUAUCCUGCAUACCUAUCGUCACUCUACGAGCAUCUUUGACGAUUUCGGGCAUUACGAGCGCCGCCAGGCCGAGGAGGAUCAACGCAAGACCCCGAGCAACCCCGUACCGCAUCAUCAUUCAUCCUCCAAUCACAGAAACAGAGGGCACGCCCCAGACAUGUCCAGAGAUCACCAUCAGCACGGUCAUCAGUCUCACCUGCAUCAGCGCAAGGAGCGCGGCCGUAGUGGCAGAGGAGGUUCGCGCCAGUAGCGCCGGAUAUCGCGGAAACGUAUUGCCGUUACUAACGAGAGUAAUCGACGUAAAAGAAGCACGCUGCGACUAAUUAUCACAUCCUACCACUUGUCUUUGCUUUCCCGGAUCCACGAUAGGCUUCGUCUGAUUUCCCGUGACCGAACAACACUCGUCGUCGUCGUCGUCGUCAUCGUCGACAUCGACAUCGUCGGCUACGUUGUUCUUUCGUUUAAAUCCGAUUAAUCCGGUAAUAAUGAGAUAACAUUAGCGUCGCGUCGGCAUCAUCGUAAAAUAAUAUGUAACCGCAAUUAUUAUGACAAUGAGAGAGAAAAAGCAGCAGGAGAAGGAGAGGAGAAGGAGGAAGAUAAUACACUAUUUCGAAGGAUAUUUGGCUAAACUCACCGACGAUCGCAAUGCGUAUAGUGUGGUGUUGCGUGCUAUUCAUCGAAAGGUGUUUCUUAAACGUACAAAUCAUGCAAUGGAACAGAAGACGAGGGGGGGGGAGAGAGGGGAAGAAACAAGACGCGCGAUCUAUAGAAGAAAAAGAAAAAAAAGAUAAAAAAUAAGAAACUGUAAUAUGUGGACUAAUCCUUGUAAAAUGCUUACACUUUUGUUGAAAAUGAAAAAAAUCUAUUCACAAGAACUACUAUAUUAUAUAAACAAGUGUCAUUUGGAUUGGUUAUCGUUUUAAACACCAAUGAACAUUUAAUCUGGUGCCUGCAGCUAUACGAGAAGGGUCGAAUUCCCCCUUAAUUGUUAUAAAGGUGCAGGGGGCGGGAAGGGCUUGUUAUUACAACGUUCUCAGUUGUAUUUAUAUCCAUCUUGCUUGACAAAAUGAAUUAUACAGAAAUUAUUGGCGUUUAUUUUAGCGCGUUUAUUCUCUAUAUCUGUAUAUUGCGAGUAUAUCAUCUAUUAUUAUUAUAUUAUUCACACAUGGACUAUACAGAGAAAGAAAGAUGAGUUGAGAUGAUAAUAUAACGAAAAGUGAAAUAAUAUUGCAAUUAAUCUAUACUGUAAUGUACACGAUGAUGACGAUCAUUAUUAUUAUUAUUAUUAUUGUACCAUUUGAUGACAUUUCAUGAGAUAUUCUUAUUGUUAAA